AGCAAAGACGUUUAAAAAUGUCUAAUUUAUACCCCAUCUUGGCUUUAUUGGCCGUGUUGACCCUUGUCCGAGGUCAUGGAUACCUGAAGGCGCCUUACCAACGGUCAUCGGUCUGGAGAGAAGGGGAUAACUCCGAAGAUAAGAACUACAAUGAUAUGGAAGUUAACUGUGGCGGCGCUGGGAAGCAACAUGGACAAAAUGGCGGCAAGUGUGGAACUUGUGGUGACGCAUAUGACGGGGUACGCGAGCACGAGCUUGGUGGAAAGUACGGUACCGGCUACAUAUCUCCGAAUGCUGUAUACAUUCAGGGACAGGUAAUGCCGGUCGUGGUCGACAUUACCGCUAAUCAUAAAGGCUGGUUUGAAUUUCGGAUUUGCGAAGCCGUAGACAACAAUACACCUGUGACCCAGAGUUGUCUUGACCAGCAUCUUCUCACCCUCGAUAAUGGCGGCACGCAAUACAACCUUGCCGGAAACGUCAAAGAUGAUAUCAGUAUAGGUGUCCAUCUUCCCCCAGACCUGUCAUGUGACCACUGUGUUCUUCAAUGGUGGUGGGAAACAGGAAAUAGUCACACAAAUAAGGAGACAUUUGUGAACUGUGCCGAUGUGGCCAUUCGAGCAACAGGCACUCGACCUACGCCUUCUCCAACAACAACUACAACCACUACAGCAGCAGCAACAACAACACCUGUAAUCUCUACUACGACUCUGCCCCCGAUCACGACCUGUUAUCCCGGUCAGUCACGUGUCUGUAGGUGGGUUGCAGCUAGUACGCCGAGUGUUCAGGAUCAAUUGGAUGCAGUUUGUGUGGGAAUGUCGCAGGCACCCGAUGCCAACUUUGAGAAGAACUGUCGCUGUGAUUGUGAGUGGUCGACCGUACCGGUGGACUGUGGCGGGAUACCACGAACCUGGGAACGAAUCCCUAAUCCCGACCCAUUUUGUGCCGCCAACUGUGGCCUAUGCCCAACAAGCCAUUGUAGAUGUUAGAUGCAAGCAUUACAAUUGUUCACCGAAUCCUGAUUUUUCCCAAACUAAUAAUAGUUUAUUUGAUAUUUCAACAUGUAAAAAUAGUUUAAUUAACAUUUUUUGAAUAAAUGAUAAAG